UGCCCCUCCUACCUGCCCAUAAAAGUGGAAACCAUGCUGCCUGAAGCCUUUAACUACAUUUCUCCUUCUGUCUUCUGGAUCUUCUUCCCUCACUUCUCACUCAGAGAGAGAUAAACCGUAGAAAGAGACAGAGAGAGGCCAGGAGAGAGAGAGGACAUGGCUGGGCCUCUCCUCUCUGCCCGCUUGUUUGUACUGGUGGAGCACCUCUGUCUGCUACAUCAUAUCCAUGCAGGGGCAUUUUAUGGUCACAAGCCACUGCCCCAACAGCACCAGCCUCUGCCACAGUUACCUCUUCUGUCACAUGGCAAUGAAGGGAUACCCCAACAAAUAACCCAACACCAUUACCAUGGAAAGGAAACACCACACUAUGGAAAUGAGAUGCCUUUGCUUCCACAGUAUGCAAAAGAACGUCCACAGAUACCCAUGCACAUGGGUAAACCUAUUGUAGGAAAAGGUGAAACCAUUCCAAGAGGAGAGAAAGGUCCUCCUGGUGAGCCUGGUCCAAUGGGACUUCCAGGGCCUAUGGGCCCUCCAGGACUUCCUGGUCAUGGUAUCCCAGGACCUACAGGUAAACCUGGUCCUCAGGGUCCACCAGGACUCCCAGGAUUUGGAAAGCCAGGAAUGCCAGGUUUACCAGGAAAACCUGGAGGUAUAGGAUUACCAGGACCGAAGGGUGAGUUGGGACCAAUUGGUGGUGAAGGGCCAAUAGGAAUGCCAGGACCUCCAGGUCUUCCCGGGCCACAUGGCUUACCAGGUGUGUCAAAACCAGGUGCACAAGGACUUCCAGGACAACCUGGACCUCGUGGAGAACCUGGACAGAAGGGCUUCCCUGGGAUCCCUGGUGUCCCAGGGCCAAAAGGUGAGAAUGGGAAUGGCCUCCCAGGACUGCCAGGAGUAAAGGGACCUCCUGGACUUUCAGGACCACCAGGACAAGUAGGACUUCCAGGAGUUGGCAAACCAGGACUGAAUGGACUACCUGGGGCUCCUGGAGGCCAAGGUAAACCUGGUGCACCUGGAGAACCAGGAUUGACUGGGUUCCCAGGGGAGAGAGGACCGCCAGGGUCACAAGGACUACCAGGCUUUGGAAAACCUGGUCUGGAUGGCUUGCCAGGGAAACCAGGUCUUCCAGGUGGAAGGGGCGAGCCAGGUCCAUCUGGUUUACCUGGCAAUCCAGGCUUGCCUGGUUUUGGCAAACCUGGGUAUCCUGGACCUAAAGGUGACAUAGGGCAUGGUGGUUUGCCUGGCCCCCAAGGCCCAAAAGGUGAAAAGGGUCAUGGUGGUCUUCCUGGAAUGAUUGGACCACCAGGGCCAAGUGGCCUACCAGGCCCUCCAGGUCACUUGGGACAACCUGGAGGAAUUGGUUUCCCUGGUCCAAAAGGAGAGGGUGGUGCAGUAGGACCUAAGGGACAACUUGGUCCAAAAGGUGAACCUGGGCCUCCAGGACAUCCAGGCAAGCCAGGAUUCCCAGGAGAAUUGGGGCAACCAGGACCUAGAGGCUUACCAGGUCCCAUAGGACCUAAAGGUGAAUAUGGACAUGCUGGCUUACCUGGACUACCUGGAGCCCCUGGAAAGCCUGGUGCAAAAGGAGAAGUUGGAUUCCCAGGAGAAAAAGGCCAUCCAGGGCCCAUGGGAAUCCCAGGAUUAAUGGGUCAAGCAGGACCAAUAGGCCCACCUGGUCUACCAGGCCCAAAAGGGGAAUAUGGACCACCAGGGAAACCUGGAAUGCCAGGUGAGGGAAAACCUGGGCUUCCAGGCCCAAUAGGGCCAUCUGGUAUACCCGGACCUGGUGGGCCCCCAGGACAACCUGGAAUACCUGGUCCUCCUGGCCCACCUGGCCUACCAGGACAUCCUGCUCAAUCUCCAUUUAUUGGGCAAAUCCUUCCUGAGACAGGUCCUGGGCUAGAUGGGGCAAAAGGUGGUUAUAAGAAAGAAAAACCUGGAGGAGCCAUUAUUGGUAGGAAUGGCAUAGAGAUGCCUGCUUUUACAGCUCAGCUGACAACACCAUUUCCUCCAGUUGGGCAACCUGUUGUCUUCAACAAGAUUUUAUAUAAUGGCAACCAAAAUUACAACUCUCAAACUGGCAUCUUCACUUGCAAAAUACCUGGAAUUUACUACUUUGUCUACCAUGUUAAUUGCAAAGGAAACAAUGUAUGGGUGGCAUUGUACAGGAACAAUGAACCAGUUAUGUAUACAUAUGAUGAAUACAAAAAAAGUUACCUGGAUCAGGCAUCAGGUAGUGCAGUGCUGCCCUUGCAAGUUGGAGACACUGUUCAUAUCCAGUUACCAUCAGACAAAGCUGCAGGACUUUAUGCUGGUCCAUAUGUCCACUCAUCAUUCUCUGGAUAUUUGUUAUAUCCCAUGUGAAUUUGUGGGAUAAAAAAAAAAAAUCACACAUAUAAAAUCAAUGCUACAUUUUUCUAAAGUAACCUGUAAGUGCCAUCAGUACAGAGUCACUUGUUAAGUUUGAAUAGAAAAGUAUGUUUGUGUGUUUUAUGCAUACACAUAAUUACAUAAUUUGAAACAGUCUUACAGCAUCUUACAUUAUCCGUUCAUCCAUAUGGUUAGCACUUUGUUAGAACUCUUAUCACAUUAUUUAUUUGCAUAUUUUCUAUUGUUUGACAGUAUAUUGAUUUUAUAUAGAUGGGGUCACACUUACUACAUAUCAAUGUAAAAUCAUGUGAUAUUGACAUAAUGAAGAAUGUUCAGAUUGUUGGAUAUGCACUAUUUUUCUGCUGUCUUAGAUUCUCAUUGUGCCAUCUCAAUGAACUUCAAGAAAGUAUGUGAGCACAUAAAAAAUUCUAUGUUUUUUUUUUUUAUAUUUUGCUUUUCAGUGAUCUUAUUAACCAAAAACAUCAUUAAAAUACAUAUCUGAAAUGUCCUGAACCUUACAUGUAGGUUUUUUUUUCACACCCAACUGAUUUGAGUAGAUCAGAUCAUUGUUUAUUAAAACAAACUCAAGGGUACUGAAUAAUUUUUAAUAAGUACAAUAUCAGUAUAUACAAGUUGAUAAGGCCACAUGGACACUCUUUUCAGUUAAAUUCAAAUAGUCUUAGGAACCUCUCUGUAAUUUAUUUUUAGUUAUACUACUGAAUGACUAAAUUUGUAUAUGUGCAAAAAGAUGGUGGGACACAAAAAAGAAGGAAUUUAUUCUUUGUUAUUUUUGACAAUGUUGCUAAACUGUUAAACAAAUAUGGAGUAAAGAUUUAAUGUCAUUGUUGUUGUUUUUUAAAUAAAUUUAAUCGUCUAAAAAUUGUGUGGAUUUGUAAUUAGGGAAUUCCACAAACAAUAAAAAAUCCCUGCUUUCAA